AUGCCAAAAACUUCACCAGAUGUUAAUAUAACAGGAACAAAGUACGCAAAAGUGAUCUUUACACCAGGUUCACAAGAAUCUCUUCAACUUUUUGGCAGUGAAACAUUCACGAAAAUGCUUUGGGAAGCAAAUUUUGGUCUUUUAACAAUGGUUCAAAAAGUGUUGAAGAACGAGAAGUACGAUUUACUGAUAACCGAGUUGUUCGAUGCUUGUGCUUUUGGAUUAGUAGAAGUUUUCCAGAUUCCUGCUCAUAUCAUCAUCUGCCCAUCGACACUGCUGGAUCAUAUUGCAAACUUGAUAGGCAUACCGCUGUUUCCCAGCUACGUUCCAUCCUCAAUGGCUCCUUUUAUGGAUCAAAUGAGUUAUAAAGAGAGAUUUGUAAACUUUUUGAUGACUGAAGGAAGUAAACUGCUCUAUAUUGGUUUAACCGACGCUGAAACGAAACUUUUCAAAGAAUUUUAUGGGGACGUAUUUCCUGAUCUUCGCGAAAUAAUAGCGCAAACAACCUUUGUUCUUACAAACGCUGAACCAUUGCUAGAUUUUCCUCGACCAAUAAGUCAAAAAGUCAUUCAAAUUGCCGGUUUAAGCGAACCAGAAGUCAAGCCGUUAGAAAAGAAGUGGAAAAAAAUCAUGUCAAGGACAGAAAAAGUAGUAUUAGUUUCAUUUGGCUCUAUUGUCCGAAGUUGUGAUAUGCCUCCGAAAGCAAAGAAUGUAAUGCUCCACGUAUUUUCGGCAUUUCCAGAUGUGACUUUUAUAUGGAAAUAUGAAUGCGAUGACUUGUCAUUAACUGAAUACAAAAAUGUAUUCAUUGGAAAGUGGCUGCCACAAAACGAUAUAAUAGGUCAUAGAAACUUGAAAGUUUUUAUCACACAUGGCGGGAUGAAUAGCAUAGUCGAGACAACAAGUAUUGGGAAACCAGUGAUAGCAGUUCCAUUCUUUGCUGACCAGUUCCGUAAUGGAAUGAUGAUGAAGCGAAUUGGUGUAGGACUUGUUGUUCCUAAAACGGACUUGUUCAACCAAGGAAGCCAACUUCUGGAAGCUUUGAAAGAAGUUUUCAGUAAUGACAGUUAUAAAAAGUCUGCGGAAGAGUUGGCCAGGAUGAUAAAGAAAAAGCCGAUGUCCUCAAAGGAGUUACUUAUCAAGCACGUCGAGUUUGCUGCAGAAUUCGGUCGUCUACCUUUGUGGGAUCCUGCUGGAAGAACGAUGCCUUUCUACAAAUAUUACCUUCUUGAUAUCUUUAUGCCAAUAAUUCUUGCAAUGCUCUUAAUUUUUAUUUUAACUUUUUAUUACGCAUACCGAAUGGUGGCAAAGAUGACUUUUACUCGUCAAAAAUUUAAAACUGACUAG